CACAAGGUUUUUCUUCUUUCUCAGUGAAGUUAAAUCGAAGUUUUACAAAAGUUAAAGGACAAUGUAGUGUAACGCUAGUUAUAGUACAGUGUGUCCCUACAUUACAGACGUCCGGGUUUUUAUUUUUUAUCGACCCUUUGUUUUUAUUUUUGUGUGAAAGUAAAGAAAAGAAGAGGACAAUUCACCAUUGUUCGAACUGGAUCGCCUAACGCUUCCCAGAUUUCCUGUUCCUGUGUGGAAGACUUACCGGAUGGAGGUGUCCUGCCUGGAGCUGGCGUUGGAGGGUGAGCGGCUCUGUAAGGUGGGUGACUACAGAGCAGGUGUCUCUUUUUUUGAAGCCGCCAUCCAGGUGGGCACAGAGGACCUGCAGGUACUCAGCGCCAUCUACAGCCAGCUGGGCAAUGCCUACUUCCACCUGCAUGACCACGCCAAGGCCCUGGAGUUCCACCGGCAUGACCUCACCUUGACCAGGACAAUUGGUGACCUGCUUGGAGAAGCUAAAGCCAGUGGAAACCUUGGGAACACAUUAAAGGUCCUGGGGCGGUUUGACGAGGCUGUGGUUUGCUGUCAGAGGCACUUGGACAUAGCCAGAGACAUUAAUGACAAGGUGGGUCAGGCGCGAGCUCUGUACAACUUUGGGAAUGUUUACCAUGCCAAAGGCAAAAGUAUCUGUUGGAGUGGAGCUGAGCCCGGAGAUUUCCCCGAGGAGGUCAUGACGGCACUGGGGAAGGCAGCUGAGUACUAUGAGGCAAACUUGGCAAUAGUGAAGGAGCUUGGGGAUCGCGCCGCUCAGGGUCGAACCUAUGGCAACCUCGGCAACACGUACUACUUGUUGGGAAACUUUCGCCAAGCGGUAGUUUCUCACGAACAGCGCUUGCGCAUAGCUAAGGAGUUUGGUGACCGCUCGGCGGAGAGGCGGGCUUACUGCAACCUGGGGAACGCCUACAUCUUUUUGGGAGAAUUUGAAGUGGCAGCUGAGCAUUACAAGAGGACACUGCAGCUGGCGAGGCAGCUGAAGGAUCGAGCUGUGGAGGCCCAGGCCUGCUACAGUCUGGGCAACACAUACACACUUCUCCAGGAUUAUGAGAGAGCCAUAGACUACCACCUCAAACACCUCAUCAUAGCCCAGGACCUCAAUGACAGGAUUGGAGAGGGACGUGCAUGCUGGAGUCUUGGGAAUGCUUACACUGCACUGGGGAACCAUGACCAAGCCAUGCACUUUGCUGAGAAACACCUGGAGAUCUGCAAAGAGACUGGAGACAGGACCGGGGAGCUGACGGCUCGUAUGAACGUCUCUGAUCUGCAGAUGGUGCUGGGUCUGAGUUACAGCACAAGUAACUCCACUAUUUCAGAGAAUAAGGAUAUAGACUACAACCUGCAUGGAGCGAGGCCCAGGAUGAGCAGAAGACGCAGCAUGGAGAACCUGGAGCUGAUGAAACUCACUCCAGACAAGAUGAAUGGGCAGAAGUGGAACAGUGACAUCCUGACCAAACAGUCCAAACCCUCCUUGGCGAAGACCUCCUCCAAGCUGUUCUUUGUCAACCGUCUGCGUGGGAAGAAGUACAAGUCUGGUGGGUCCAGUAAGGUCCUCCAGGACACCAGCAACACCCUGGACGCCAGCCAGACGCUCGCACAGGGACCACAGAAGCGACUCAGUCCUGACAUGCUCGGGGACGAGGGCUUCUUUGACCUGCUGAGCCGUUUCCAGAGCAACCGUAUGGAUGACCAACGCUGUUCAAUCCAGGAUAAGGGCAGCAGGUUAUCAUUAAGCAGUGGUCCAGAGUCGCCUCCCAGAGCCAUCAGGAAAUCUAUAUCAGAGUCUGCCAACGUCACUGGCGCCCAAGGCCGGCGGUUACAGGAGUCGUCAGCAGCGGCGGGGGGGGGGAGCCUGCCCGGCCUCCGGCUCAAUCAAAGCAGCAACCAGGCCGUGCUCAGCCACCUGAUGGCCAACGCUGACAAUGCCGAGCCUGACGACGACUUCUUCGAUAUGCUUGUCAAGUGCCAGGGGUCCCGUUUAGAUGACCAGCGCUGUGCCGCUCCCCCUCCUCCGGUCCGAGGGCCGACUGUACCAGACGAGGACUUCUUCAGCCUCAUCAUGCGCUCUCAGGCCAAAAGAAUGGACGAGCAACGCGUCACCCUGCCUUCUGCAGCAACCGCUGCAGCCAGGCCAAGCGCUGGCUCCAACUGAACUAAGCACUAAAAGGGACAGCCAUGCUUUUUGUUUUCAUCUCAUGAAGGUGUGGACAGCGCUGUGGGAGACCAGUGUGUGGCCACUCACACAAGAAAGCCUUGUGUAUCUUUAACUUUGUCCUUUUGGACAAAAAACAAAGCACUGUCAGGAUUAUAUUAAGUAUACAGUAUGGAAGAUAUCUCAAAUUAACAAGGAGUUGUUUUGCACAACACCAACAAACUCCGUAGUAUCAGGGACACAAGUGUUGUUUUUCUAUCCUUCUGUACAAAUUUCAUUUCACCCUGUGUGUAUUUGUCGGUACACAACUGCAGCCACAUCUGCAUUUAUUGUACUUUUUUUGAAUGUUUUGAUUUUGUUAACUGCCGUCCUACCACUAUGUAGUGAUGCGCUUUUAUUCAAAGUGGUGUCUGAGUCAGUGUGGACACUAAGGUGCAGCAUAUAUUCUGUUUAUAUGAACGUGUUUUGGGGGGAGGGGGGAGGGGGGGUUAAGAGUUACCAUGGUCAGGCUAAGGAAAUGGUAUUUUAAGCUAUUUGAUGAAAGAAUGAAUUUAACCCUUGUACAGCUCUUAUGUUUGUUUGUAAUAAAUGUUUCAAUGGCACCAGAGGAAUAAAGCCUCGUCCAUGUAGGCGUCUCGUUUUUAAAAUGUUCAAUGUUAUUUCAACUAAACACAAAAGAUCCAGCGUGUGUAAAAGACACUUUAUUGAACGUACCAGCAGUCAGAGUCGAGUUAGCUUGAAUUAAUUUAAGUCACUUUUAAAAACAAGAAUUGGAAAGGCUAAAUACAAGAGCCACUAGCAUUUCAAAACAUACUAACUGUACAUACAUAAACUCAACUGAAAUAAAUACAUCUAUGUACGUUUUAGUUUGGCCUUAUUUGUUAAAACAAUAUAUACUAUACAUUAACAUAAAAUAUACAUCUUUGUAAGUGAAUCAAUAUUAGAAGACUGUUAAAAGUGCGCAUGUAAAAGACAAGAAAAUAAAACAAUGCAUAUGCUUCAAAUACUGGUUCUAAAUAAAUAUUAACACACCCGUCCAUUCAGAUAUCAUUGUGCGUAUGGUUAGACCCUCGCUGUGGGCAAAGUCUGCCACCUACUGUUAUACUGUAACAGUA